AUGGCCGAGUCUCCAGUUUCAGAGAGGGCCCACAUCUUCCCUAGUCUUCUUUCAUCACCAGUGUACUUACAGAAGGUCUUCUUGUUCUUCCCACUAAUGAAUGAUGGCACGAAUUCUGGCAAUGUGGGAAACCUCAGCUCAAUGCCAACGGCUGCACCUCCUUCCAGUACCGGGGUAAGGAAAGCAUGGCAUGAACAUGUCACUCAGGACCUGCGCAAUCAUUUAGUGCAUAAACUUGUCCAAGCCAUCUUCCCCACUCCUGAUCCGGCAGCACUGAAGGAUCGCCGCAUGGAGAACUUGGUGGCUUAUGCCAGGAAAGUGGAAGGAGAUAUGUAUGAAUCUGCUAAUAGUAGGGAUGAAUACUAUCAUUUAUUAGCAGAGAAAAUCUAUAAGAUCCAAAAGGAACUAGAAGAGAAACGGAGAUCUCGACUACAUAAACAAGGGAUGUUGGGGAAUCAGCCAGCCUUACAGACCCCAGGACCCCAGCCCCCUGGUAUCCCGCAGGUGGCUGCUGCCAUGGGCCAGGCACAGCCCGUCAGGCCUCCCAAUGGGCCUAUGUCCAUGCCAACCGUGCCUAUAAAUCGUAUGCAGGUUUCUCAAGGAAUGAAUCAGUUUAACCCCAUGUCCAUAGGGAAUGUACAGAUGCCACAACCCCCCAUGGGACCCCGUGCGGCUUCUCCGAUGAACCAUCCUGUACAAAUGAACAACAUGGGCGCUGUUCCUGCGAUGGCAAUGUCUCCUUCCCGAAUGCCUCAGCCACAGAACAUGAUGGGAGCUCAUUCCAACAACAUGAUGGGUCAAGCUCCUACCCAGACCCAGUUCCUGCCCCAGAAUCAGUUUCCAGCGUCCAGUGGGGCUAUGAAUGUGAACAACGUAGGCAUGGGGCAAUCGACAGCCCAGGCCGGGGUGGCACAGCAGGGGCAGGUUCCCAGUGCUGCUCUUCCCAACUCCAUGAACAUGCUGGGACCGCAGAGUGGGCAGUUGCCAUGUCCACCGGUGACCCAGCCACCUCUACAUCAGACUACGCCUCCUGUGUCCACUGCUGCUGGGAUGCCACCUAUUCAGCACCAAACACCAACGGGAAUGACUCCUCCUCAGCCAGCAGCACCCACUCAGCCAUCGACACCGGUCUCAUCGUCAGGACAAACACCAACACCCACACCGGGUUCUGUUCCAAACGCGACACAGACACAAAGCACACCUACGGGGCAGACUGCGGCACAGGCUCAGGUCACACCACAGCCCCAGACCCCAGUUCAGCCCCAGUCUGUGCCAACCCCACAGCCAUCUCAGCAACAGCCAACAUCUGUGCAGGCACAGCCACCUGGCACUCCACUAUCCCAGGCAGCAGCUAGUAUUGAUAACAGGGUCCCCACCCCUGCCUCAGUUGCUAGUGCUGAUACGAAUUCCCAGCAACUAGGACCAGAUGCACCAAUGCUAGAAAGCAAAUCAGAAGUUAAAACUGAAGAAACUGAGCCAGAGACUAGUGAGACACAAGUGGAAGCUAAGACUGAGGUGGAGGAGGAUUUACAAGGAUCUUCACAAAUAAAAGAAGAAACAGAUGGAACGGAACUGAAACAGGAACCAAUGGAAGUAGAAGAAAAGAAGCCUGAAGUAAAAGUAGAUGCUAAAGAGGAAGAGGAGAGUGGCACUAAUGGAACCACUUCACAAUCCACGUCGCCAUCUCAGCCCCGCAAAAAAAUUUUCAAGCCUGAGGAGCUGCGGCAGGCUCUCAUGCCUACCCUUGAAGCUUUGUACCGGCAGGACCCAGAGUCUCUACCUUUCAGACAACCUGUGGAUCCCCAGCUUUUAGGGAUUCCGGACUACUUCGACAUUGUGAAGAAUCCUAUGGAUCUUUCCACCAUUAAACGUAAAUUGGAUACCGGGCAGUACCAGGAACCCUGGCAGUACGUGGACGAUGUUUGGCUAAUGUUUAACAAUGCCUGGCUUUACAAUCGCAAGACUUCCAGGGUCUAUAAGUUUUGCACUAAACUGGCGGAGGUGUUUGAACAAGAAAUUGAUCCUGUUAUGCAAUCACUUGGCUACUGUUGUGGGCGCAAGUAUGAGUUUUCUCCACAGACCUUGUGCUGCUACGGCAAGCAGCUGUGUACUAUUCCUCGUGAUGCUGCAUACUACAGUUACCAGAACAGGUAUCACUUCUGUGAGAAGUGUUUCACUGAAAUCCAGGGGGAGAAUGUCACCCUGGGUGAUGACCCUUCCCAGCCUCAAACAACCAUCUCUAAGGAUCAGUUUGAAAAGAAGAAAAAUGAUACACUAGAUCCAGAGCCGUUUGUGGACUGCAAAGAAUGCGGUCGGAAGAUGCACCAGAUUUGUGUGUUACAUUAUGAUAUUAUUUGGCCUUCAGGGUUUGUCUGUGAUAAUUGUCUGAAGAAAACUGGUAGAACACGCAAAGAAAACAAAUUCAGUGCUAAAAGGCUACAGACCACACGUUUAGGAAACCAUUUGGAAGAUAGAGUAAACAAAUUUUUGCGGCGACAGAAUCAUCCGGAAGCUGGAGAGGUCUUUGUCAGAGUAGUAGCAAGUUCAGAUAAGACAGUAGAAGUUAAACCAGGAAUGAAAUCCAGAUUUGUGGAUUCUGGUGAGAUGUCAGAAUCCUUCCCUUACCGUACCAAAGCUCUGUUUGCGUUUGAGGAGAUAGACGGAGUAGACGUGUGCUUCUUUGGGAUGCACGUACAGGAGUAUGGCUCGGACUGCCCCCCUCCAAAUACAAGGCGUGUGUACAUAUCCUAUCUAGAUAGUAUUCAUUUCUUCCGCCCCCGUUGUCUCCGAACUGCAGUUUAUCAUGAAAUCCUGAUUGGAUAUUUGGAGUACGUGAAGAAACUUGGGUAUGUGACAGGACACAUCUGGGCCUGUCCCCCAAGCGAAGGAGAUGACUAUAUUUUUCAUUGCCAUCCACCUGAUCAGAAAAUACCCAAACCCAAACGUUUGCAAGAAUGGUAUAAGAAGAUGCUGGACAAGGCAUUUGCUGAGCGAAUCAUUCAUGACUACAAGGACAUCUUCAAACAAGCCACUGAGGACAGGCUGACAAGUGCCAAGGAGCUGCCUUACUUUGAAGGUGAUUUCUGGCCCAAUGUGCUGGAAGAAAGCAUUAAGGAGUUGGAGCAGGAGGAGGAGGAAAGGAAAAAGGAAGAAAGCACUGCAGCUAGUGAAACAACAGAGGGAAGCCAGGGUGACAGCAAAAACGCCAAGAAAAAGAACAACAAAAAAACCAACAAGAAUAAGAGUAGCAUCAGCAGAGCUAACAAGAAGAAGCCCAGCAUGCCAAACGUGUCCAACGAUCUGUCGCAGAAGCUGUAUGCCACUAUGGAGAAGCAUAAAGAGGUCUUUUUUGUUAUUCAUUUACAUGCUGGGCCUGUAAUUAACACUCUGCCUCCCAUUGUGGACCCUGAUCCGUUACUCAGCUGUGAUUUGAUGGAUGGGCGAGAUGCCUUCCUCACCUUAGCCAGAGAUAAGCACUGGGAGUUCUCCUCGCUACGCCGAUCCAAGUGGUCCACGCUCUGCAUGCUGGUAGAACUGCACACCCAAGGGCAGGAUCGCUUUGUCUAUACGUGCAACGAGUGCAAACAUCAUGUGGAAACAAGGUGGCAUUGCACUGUCUGUGAGGACUACGACCUCUGCAUUAACUGCUACAACACUAAGAGCCAUGACCACAAGAUGGUUAAGUGGGGCCUGGGUCUGGAUGAUGAGAGCAACAGCCAAGGAGAGCAGCAGUCCAAGAGCCCCCAGGAGUCGAGACGACUGAGCAUCCAGCGCUGCAUUCAGUCCCUUGUCCACGCCUGCCAGUGCCGCAAUGCAAACUGCUCGUUGCCAUCCUGCCAGAAGAUGAAACGGGUUGUCCAGCACACGAAGGGCUGCAAGCGCAAGACCAACGGUGGCUGUCCGGUGUGCAAACAGCUCAUCGCUCUUUGCUGCUACCAUGCCAAACACUGCCAAGAGAACAAAUGCCCCGUGCCAUUCUGUCUCAAUAUCAAACACAAGCUUCGACAGCAGCAGAUCCAGCACCGCCUGCAGCAGGCUCAGCUCAUGCGCAGAAGGAUGGCUACCAUGAACACCCGAAACGUGCCUCAGCAAAGUUUGCCUUCUCCUACCUCAGCAACGCCUGGUACCCCUACACAGCAGCCAAGUACACCGCAAACACCACAGCCUCCUCCUCAGCCCCAGCCUUCCCCUGUAAGUAUGUCACCGGCUGGCUUUCCCAGUGUCUCCAGAACUCAGCCCCCUACUACUGUUUCAACAGGAAAACCCACAAACCCAGUUUCCGCGCCUCCGCCUCCGGCUCAGCCUCCGCCAGCCGCGGUGGAAGCGGCUCGGCAGAUCGAGAGAGAAGCUGCCCAGCAGCAGCAGCAGCUCUACAGGGUCAACAACAUUAACAAUGGUUUGCCUCCUGGUCGCCCAGGACUAGUAAAUCCGACGGUGGGUUCAGUGAACCAGAUGCCCCAAGUCAGUAUGAAUGUACCCCGGCCCAGCCCUGUGAGCGGUCCAGUGAUGUCCAACAUGCAGCCUGGACAGUGGCAGUCACCUCCGAUGCCGCAGCAGCAGCCCAUGCAGCCAGGAAUGGCGAGACCAGUUAUGCCAAUGGCGACUCCGCAAGCGGUGGCUGGGCCGAGGAUGCCGGGCGUGCAGCAGCAGCCGCGGAGCAUCCCCCCGAAUGCACUUCAGGACUUACUGAGGACCUUGAAAUCACCGAGCUCUCCGCAGCAGCAACAGCAGGUUCUUAGUAUCCUUAAAUCCAACCCUCAGCUUAUGGCAGCUUUUAUAAAGCAAAGAACAGCCAAAUACGUGGCGAACCAGCCUGGGAUGCAGCCGCAAGCGGGCAUUCAGCCCCAGCCCGGGAUGCAGCAGCAGCAGACCGGCAUGCAACAGCCCAGCAUGCACGCUCAAGCAGGAUUGCAGAACAUGAACGCGAUGCAAGCGGGAGUGCAGAGACCGAGCGUUCCUCCCCAGCAGCAAGGGAUAGGAGCUAUGAAUCCCCAGGGACAAGCGAUAAACAUUAUGAACCCCGGCCACAACCCCAGCAUGGCAAACAUGAGCCCGCAGUACCGAGAAAUCCUGAGGCGGCAAUUACUGCAGCAGCAGCAGCAACAGCAGCAGCAGCAGCAGCAAGGAGGGGCUGGCAUGGCAGGAGGGAUGGCAGGACACAACCAGUUCCAGCAGCCUCAAGGACCAGGAGGUUACCCUCAAGCCAUGCAGCAGCAGCGGAUGCAGCAGCAUAUAUCCAUACAGGGGGGUUCCAUGGGACAGAUGGCUCAGAUGGGACAGCUGAACCAGAUGGGCCAGCCCGGCAUGGGGGCAGACGGCACUCCCAACAUCCAGCAAGCGCUGCAGCAGCGGAUCCUGCAACAGCAGCAGAUGAAACAGCAGAUAGGGUCCCCCGGGCAGCCCAACCCCAUGAGCCCACAGCAGCACAUGCUCUCAGGACAACCGCAGGCGUCUCAUCUCCCUGGCCAGCAGAUCGCCACCUCCCUCAGCAACCAGGUGCGGUCCCCAGCACCCGUUCAAUCUCCCCGCCCCCAGUCCCAGCCACCACAUUCCAGCCCGUCACCCAGGAUACAGCCCCAACCGUCACCUCACCACGUCUCUCCCCAGACUGGUUCCCCCCACCCAGGACUCGCAGUCACUAUGGCUAGCUCCAUGGAUCAGGGACACUUGGGCAACCCAGAACAGAGUGCAAUGCUUCCACAACUAAACACCCCCAACAGGAGUGCGUUGUCUAACGAAUUGUCUCUGGUCGGUGACACCACCGGGGACACAUUAGAAAAAUUUGUGGAGGGUUUGUAGCAUUAUGGGAGCAUCACUUUUUUGUUGUUUUUUUUUCCUUUCGUGUUCUUGGACAUUUUGUACUGAAAAUUCAGACAUCUGGGUUGUUUUGAAUCCUAGAUGGAACUGCUGCUUCCUACACAUGGAAGAAUGAAUUGCUGUUUAAAAAAAAAAAAAAAAAAGAAAAAACAAUACAAAGAAUAUAUUUUUUUGUUAAAGCCAGGCGGUUAAAAUAUCUGGUCUCUUUUGUGGGUUUUUUUGGUUUUUAUUUUUUUGUUGCUGUUGACUCAUACCUUUUUUUUAAUGGGGAAAACAAGUUCAUUAUAUUCAUAUUUUUUAUUUGUAUUUUCAAGACUUUAAACACUUGCGUUUAAAAGAAGAAAAAAAAAUAAUAUUCAGAAACUGUUUCCUGAAAUAAUGCAACAUUAUAAUGUAUCCCGGUAACUUUGACACGUUGCGGGAAGUUUUUUUUUCUAUAGCGAACUCUGCAGGCGUUUGAAGUA